AUGAGUUCUGUACUAACCUUGGCCAGACUCACGAUCCAACAACUGCAUGUGCUAAUAAUACCAGACUACAUGUACAGGUCAACCAACUGGGUGUGCUGUGGGAGUGGCAAGCAAGCGACCAGACUGGAGCUAUCGAUGCUGACCGGUCGCUGAAUACGGCGCGCCGCAAGCGUCGCUCCAUGGCCGAAUGGCAUGGCAUGGCAUGACCUCGAAAUCUUUCUCGGCCUUUUCCAUCACGCCUCCCCCGUACUCACUCUAUUUUCCCCAUGGGCCUCGUGCUGACAGUCGACUCGGCCCAGCGUGGGGGAAGACGGGGGAACAAAAGCUGGAGAUGCCACCGCCGGCGCUGCCUCCCAAAGGGCAAUUUUCGGUCGUACUCAGCGGCGCUAUUCCACCUUUUGGUCCCUCUCCAUUUUUUGGUGGUUGGAGUGGGAGGGGCGGCUCUCAGCCCGGAGCAGCGCCCUUCCAGCGCCCUCUUCCCACUGCCAGCGCUCACUCAAGUCACUCCAGGCCUGUGCUGUUUGGUCAAAUGCUGGUAAUUGACCGAGCUAGGGGCGGCUUGGCGGCCAAUUGCACAUCGCCCAAAUCUGCAAUCUGGAGUCAUCUCCGAACUCUGGCACAGCAAGCUCUCGAGCAUUGAGAAGGAUAUACGGCAAUACGCGGAGUCAUGCGCCAUGCUAUACUCGCUCAAUUGCUGUCCUCGUGCUCUGGCUGCUCUGGUUGCCCGCAUCACAUCGCAUCACGGGCGCCUCUUCGGCGGUUUGCCGGAUCGCUAGUGCUGGUGUUGGUACCGGAUUCGUCCCAAGCACUGGUGCAUGUAAGGAUCUCGACGGGAUGCGCAUCCAUGGAUCGUGC